UGACUGAGUGAGUGGGUGGUUCUGCCGUUCUCGUCUUGCUUGGCAUCUGAACCACCUCUCCCUUCUUCCUGGCCUGUAUUUUUUUGCCCCAAGCCCUGGGUCGCAGUGUGUUUUUCAUUCCUUUUUUCUUUCCUGUGGAAGGGCGGAGUGAGUCCUUGCCAAGCUCCAUUGCCGCCCAGAGUCUAGGGAGUGCAGAUGGGUGACGUUGCCAAGGACCUCGCCGCCGGCACGGUGGGCGGCGCGGCGCAGCUGGUGGUCGGCCACCCGUUCGACACCAUCAAGGUGAAGCUGCAGAGCCAGCCGACGCCCCCGCCCGGCCAGCCGCCCAAGUUCGCCGGCGCCAUAGAUGCCGUCAAGCAGACGAUCGCUGCCGAGGGCCCGGGCGGCCUGUACAAGGGCAUGGGCGCCCCGCUGGCCACCGUCGCCGCCUUCAACGCCGUGCUCUUCACCGUCAGGGGCCAGAUGGAGACCCUGCUGCGGUCCGAGCCCGGCGUGGCGCUCACCAUCAACCAGCAGGUCAUCGCCGGCGCAGGGGCCGGCGUCGCCGUCUCCUUCCUCGCCUGCCCCACCGAGCUCAUCAAGUGCAGGCUGCAGGCUCAGAGCGCGCUAGGCACAGCCGCACCUGCCGCCGCCGCCGCUGUUCCCGCUGGCGGCGCGGCUGCCACCGCCACCGUCACGGCCGCCGCCGCGGUGAAGUACGGCGGGCCGAUGGACGUGGCGAGGCACGUGCUGCGGUCGGAGGGCGGCGUGCGGGGCCUCUUCAAGGGCCUGGUCCCGACCAUGGCGCGCGAGGUCCCCGGCAACGCGGUCAUGUUCGGGGUGUACGAGGCGACGAAGCAGUACAUGGCGGGCGGGCAGGACACGUCCGAGCUUGGCAGGGGCUCCCUGAUCCUCGCCGGCGGGAUCGCCGGCGCCGCGUUCUGGAGCUCCGUGUACCCGACGGACGUGGUGAAGAGCGUGCUCCAGGUGGACGACUUCAAGAACCCCAAGUACUCCGGGUCGAUCGACGCCUUCAAGAAGAUCCUCGCCGCCGACGGGGUGAAGGGCCUGUACAAGGGGUUCGGGCCGGCCAUGGCGCGUAGCGUCCCGGCCAAUGGCGCUUGCUUCCUGGCCUACGAGGUGACCAAGUCCCUGCUCUAGGCUGCGCGCCAGCUGCCGGAUUCCGCAGAUCGAUCGCCAUUCUUGACAUUGUUCUUCUUGCUGCUCCCUGAUUCAGUGACCAUCUUCUGUAUCCAGGACCGUCAACCAGUGCUACCUCUGUAACAGAAAAUUGUGCCCUAUGAAUUGAAAGAAAUGUUGCAUCUUUUUCUGUUA